AUGAGCUCACAAGAGAAUAGAUCUCCAGAGAAUCUACUACAGUCUAAGAGAGUCCCCUUGAAGGAUUCUUCAAGACGCUUCACCAACCUGAAUAAAGCACAGGACCUAGAGCAUAGAAAGUCGAUUGUUACCAUAAAAGCUCAGAAUACAGCUCCCGUUAUAGAUGUGUCGACCUUGAAAAACAUAAAGAAGCCUCAGCAGUCACAGCCAGAUCCUCAACAAGCUGUCAGUGGUGGGCAUCUUCGGCAUCAGAGGCAUCCUGCCAGUACUCGACUGACCGGCAACCAGCUGCGGCAAUGGCAACAGAGCUGGAGGAGAAUCAUGAAAGUGAGUGUCGUGUACUUUGAAGAAAACACGCGAAGGCAUGAACGCGAAAAUAUAAGGGCUACCGCAGCAUUUAAGAACCUGGGGGCGAGAAUAGCCAAGUUCUUCAGUGAUUCAGUUACAAUUAUCGUUUCCAUGAGGCCGUAUAAUAAACGGGGAGAGUAUCCUCAGGGCGAUAUAUUUCGUGUUGCCAGAAAGAAGGAGCUUAAGGUGUGGAAUUACGAGAAGGUGUUUCGGUUUAUGCAUCAUCUGGGUGAACCCGUGCCUGAUACACAGCCGGAAAGCAAGCUUUCUUCACUUUUGAAAAACGAGAAGCUUUUUGGUCCGAACGACAGGGAUCCAAAUGCUAAGAGAGAUGACAUGAAGUACUUCACAAAUUUGUACAUAUAUGCGUAUGAUCUGAGACAGCAGACGCGACCUGUUGCAAUUCGAGAAUGGAGUCGAAAUCACGACUAUCCCAAGCUUUGUAAGUCAACAAAUGGGAGAUCGCUGUUUGUACACGAUUCACAUCCAAAGUCAGAAUCGUCGGCUCUUAAGCGGCACACGCGUAGAGUUGUUUACUUGGCAGAAGUUGCAGAAUAUAGACAAAACCUCAUCGAGGCCUCAUAUGUUGGAAGCGGCGAAAAGUGCCCGACUCCCGAUCAAAGGGCUGCUUACCGGACAAGUUGGGAAAGAGAGUACUAUCACGGUGGUAUGGAAACGGAGAUGGAAUCUGAGGCAGUUUCAGAUGAUGAUACGGCAAACUCAAAGCACGAAGUUUCCAGAGAGACCUUUGACAAGCAGACUUUCAUCAAAAAAGAGCCGAAAAACACGGAAAAUCUGCUUGAUCAUAAGUCGAAAGCGGGCAAUCAUACUUUGAAAGAACGCAAAUUCAAAGUUACCGCUGACCAUGAACUUCCUGCCUUACCGGAGAAAAGUGUCCUAGCAGAUACCGAAAUGGGAAGAAUUCCAGUUCUGGCACCGCCAGAUGCGCACGGAGAAAUAGGCCAAAAGGAUGCAAACAGGCAGCUUUUGGAAAUAGAGCGUAGCAGAAUGGUUGAUGGUGAGGCAAGCGGAAGCCUUCCUGCCUUGCUCCACAGAGAGGAUUCGUUGAUGACAUUAAGCGGUUCAAAGUUCAAAAACGAGUAUGGUGAGAUACAGGCAUCCGGUGUCCAAAACCAAUCUUGCUCAACAGCUAUUAGUGGUAAUAAUAUUGGCAAUGGCUUGGCACCAUCAUACUCGUUGGUCUACAACAAAAAAAUUGCAAACGACAAGAAGAAGACGAUCAGUUUCAACAGGAGCAAGAGAGAUAACGCGAAAAUUAACGAUAAGAUGCCGCUUGAUGGUAGAAAAGUCUCUGCUCUUGAUAAGGAGAACGUAGUUCCAAAGGCAAACGCUGAUCACUUGGAAACCAGGGUGAGGAUCGUGAGGAAGCAUCCAGCAGGAGGUCAGACUCUCGAGGCAGUUACAAAACGCAGAAAAAUGGUGGAGUUGGACAAAAUUGCAGAGCAGAAAGCCACCGAAUUUGUUCUGGAAAAAAGAAAGCUAGAAAAAGAGACCUCGGCCGAACCGAGAGAACUGUCUACUGCAUUCAAGCAUGCUGAAGAAACGGGCUGA